AUGAUGCUUCGGACACAGAUGCUUGCGUCUCUCAGACCCUCACAUCACUUUCCGACAGCUGGCAGAAAAAGCAGUCGGCUCCAAGACUUUAGAGGAGAAUCCAGGGCGGAUUUCUUAACCGCAGGUCCAGCAACGGUGGCCAACAUUGGCGCGCUUCGCGCGGGUGGUGAUGGGAUUGCGCCGAAGGAUUCUGAGGACCGUUUCCUGGGAAAACGGUGGGAGAACGAAGGCGAGGAUUUGGCGGCUGCGUCUGUACUACUAGAAUUAAGGAUUGAAGGGAAACGAAAAGAAAUCACUUUUCUUGUGAAUGGGAAUAACUCCAAUCCUCAGGACAGACAGUUGUCCUCCAAAUAUCCUGUCACAGACCAGUGGGCGCAUCCAAGGCUGAGCCCGUUAAUUGAAACAAGUCAAUUGGUUCAUUCAUCAAAAAAAAAUAAUUUAGCAGUCACUGCAGUUGCUUUACAAGAUCACCUUUUACAUGAUCUCCAACUUCACAAUCUUUCAAUAACAAAUAAUUCUAAGACAAUGGAACAAAAGAAAGAGAACAAAUCCAAAUCACUAAAAAGGGAUACAAAAGCAAUUAUAGACACUGGACUUAAAAGAAAAACCACACAGAGCCCCAGUGUGGAAGAUCCAGAAAAAGAAUAUGUUCUUGAUCCAAAACCUCCACCAUUAACUUUAGCACAGAAGUUGGGCCUAUUUGAACCUCCUCCAUUGCCACUAUCAGCAGAUGAAUGGGAAAAAGUGAAACAAAGAUCCAUUACACAAGGUGAUUCUAUGCAGCCAUGCCCUAUCUGUAAAGAAGAGUUUGAACUUCAUCCUCAGGUGCUGCUUUCAUGUUCCCAUGUAUUUCACAGAGCAUGCCUUCAGGCUUUUGAAAAGUUCACAAAUAAAAAAACCUGCCCUCUCUGUAGAAAGAACCAAUAUCAAACCAGAGUGAUUCAUGAUGGAGCCCGGUUACACAAAAUCAAAUGUGCAACACGAAUACAAGCUUACUGGCGAGGAUAUAUUGUUAGAAAGUGGUAUCAAAACCUGAGGAAAACUGUACCACCCAAAGAUGCCAAGUUAAGGAAAAAAUUCUUUGAAGAAAAGUUCAUGGAAAUCAGUCAACGGAUAUUAUGUUCAUAUGACACAAAUAUAGAUGAGCUCUUUUCAGAAAUUGAUCACUGCUUAGCUAUAAACAGAAGUGUUCUUCAGCAACUGGAGGAAAAGUGUGGUCAUGAGAUUACAGAAGGUGACUGGGAAAAAAUUCAAAUUCAGGCGCUACAUCAGGAGAUAUAUGAAUGCUCCAUUUGCCUCACCCCACUCUCAUUUAACAGCAGUUUCCAAAGUACAACUUCAGGAAAAAGUGACAAUCAGCAUUCUCGUAAAAUUGUUCUGUUGUCUUGCUCACAUAUGUUCCACCAUGAAUGUCUUCUAGCUUUAGAAGAAUUUUCCUUGGGAGAAAUAUAUACUUGUCCUCUCUGCCGCUCUUGCUACCAAAAGAAAAUUCUUGAAUGCUGA